AUGUCGAAGAAAACGGUUGAACUUUUCUAUGACGUUGUUUCGCCGUAUACCUGGUUUGCAUUUGAAGUGUUGUUGAGGUACCAGAAUCGGUGGAACAUUAAUCUCAAGUUGCGUCCUUUUUUUCUCGGAGGACUUAAUGCUGGAACAGGUAAUAAACCUCCAAUCAUGGUGCCAGCAAAGGCCAAGUAUAUGCCUAUAGAUGUCCUUCGUUUGGGGAAGUACUUUGAUGUUCCUGUUAAGAAUCCAAAGGAUCCUGUUGCCUUGCUGUUCACCAAAGGGACUCUGAUACCCCAGAGGUUUCUCACAGCCAUUGACAUGACCUGUCCACAGUUUCUGGGAAAUGUUUCCAGGGAGCUUUGGAUGAGGGCAUGGAACAGAGAUGAAGACAUUACAGAACCAGCAAGUUUAACUCAGGCUGCCAAACUGGCCGGGUUGUCAGAGAAACAGAUUGCAGAAAUUCUGCCCAGAAUCAACAGUAACGAUGUGAAAGAACGGUUGAAGCAGACAACGCAGGAAGCUCUCGAUUUGGGGGCUUUUGGCUCACCAACCAUUGUGGCCCACGUUGAUGGCAAGAAGGAAUGGGUGUUUGGCAGUGACAGGUUUCCCAUUCUAGCCGACUUGUUGGGUGAGAAGUGGGAAGGUCCUUUGCCAGGUGUAUCAAGCAAGCUAUGA